AUGAUCUUGGCUUGCCUCAAUGCAAUAGAAGUGGUUUUAAAUCGACAGUAUAAGCGCUAUUUUUCCAUUACCAUUACAGAAGCACUUGAAAAAGAAACAGCUAGUGCAAGGCUUCAUAACAUAGAUAGUGAAGAGUUAAUGGGAAUGUUCAGUGCUGCAAAAGGAAGAUCUCCUAAUGCAUCUAUUGAUUAUAUAUCUUGCAAAUUACGAACCAAAAAGAAUGGGACAAUAGAUUAUCUGGAUAAUUAUGAUGACUUUUCUAGAAAAAUGGUAGUUCAGUGGUCUAUUCAGGCAGCACGUAAAAAACAAAUAAAAACUCGACUACAACAUACUGAAAUUAGAGCUGAGAUUUCUAAAAGACAGACUAUAAAACGCCAAAAAAUUGAUGAAAAAGAAAAAAGAAAGUUAGAGCAACAAUUAACAUUAUUAACUAUUAGUGAAAUUCUGAAUUUGUUUAAAAACUUAUCUACUAAGCAAAUUGAUGAUUUAAAUGAUGUUAUGUGUGAAAGAAUUGUUGGGAGAAAUCUUUGCCAUGAAUGGUAUGAUUCCGAUACAGCAAUGACAGUCUUGUAUAAUGGCAGAGUAGAAAAACUUAAAAAAGCUCAGAAAGAUAUUAUAUACACUAUUUCUUAUUGGACUAGAGAAGAAAAUGAUACUGAAGCAGUUGAUUAUUAUAUGAAAAAAUUCCAGCUAGUUGCUGACAUUGUAUCCGGUCAGAGGGGGAACCAUCUAUAACUAUCACAAAGCAUUGUGUGAUGUAUUUUGAGUUUUG